AUGCUGGGCGAGCCCGACGCUGGCGGCGAGUGUUCCGAUCGCGGCAGCGCAUGGGCGCCUUCCCACAACGGCUCGGCAGCGGAGUGGGUCAGGCUGGAGUUUGGAGAUGAGCCGUUGCGCAUGAUUGGCUUGCAGGUGCGCGAGGUGCUGGCUGCGCCGUUCAUACUCCGCGUCGAGGUUGAGAGCGAGGAGGCGCAGCGUUGGACAAUAUGGAAUGGGACAGAUGAGACGCCGUGUCCCGGCUGGUUUGACCUCAGCUACGACAGCGGCAGUCAGGCCAUUGCCGCGGUCUACAUCUUCACCCAGGCCGACGGCUUUGAGGAGAUUGAUGCCGUUUCGUUGGAAGUGCCCAUUCCAUGCUCGCCCUCGCCGCCGCCCGAGUCACCCUCAACUCCCCUGCCCGCCUUCGCCGUGCUCACCGCGCGGCCGCUGGCCGUCGUGCUUGCGCUAGUCGCCGCGUGGCUCCUCCUCUUUGCAUACCUCUGCCUGCGG